AUGGCGUUAACAAGAGUUGAUUCAAAGGAUACCUUGUUCAACUUUAAUUUUUAUAAUCAAAAUGAACAACAGUUUAAUUUACAGCUUUUACCUAAGGAAAUUGACUCACACAAUGGCAAUAGCCUAGGUACCACAAAUAUCUCCAAUGACCUAACAGGUAAUACAUUGAUGUCCACUCCAGAACCAGAACCAGAGGCAAUUGACCCAAGAAGGCUAUCUAUAUCUGGAUAUCAUUUCGAUAAGCCGCAUUAUUAUGAAUAUGAAUUCUUGAAUAGAGAUGGUGAUGGUAGAAUAAAUGAUUUAUUUGAAACAGAUAUCUCAUUGGACACUAGAUUCAAACUAACAGAAGAUGAAAUUUCUUCAACUAGGAAAGUUAUGAAUUAUUUUAAACUGAAUAUAUUUAGUACUAAUAGUAAUUCACAAAGUAUGUUCGAUGAACAAGCAGUUUUCAAAAAGAGAUACUUUUGGAAUAGAAAUAAGAAAUCAAAGAAUGAUAGUGAUGACAUAAAUAAACAUAUGUUAGAUAUUGAUAAUUUCGAUAAUGACAUGCAUGCAUACGAUUUUAAUGACUUGGAUGAUGAUAUGAGUAUAGAUGCCAAUUUACUCAUAAGUCCAGCUCAAUUGAAUACAAAUUUAGACAAAACAAGCGUAGAAAAUGAAUCAUCAAUAAUAUCGGAUAACUCUGUAUACUUGCAUAAUUAUGAAUAUAAUUCUUAUGAAUCAAAUGAUUUUUCGAUAUCGAGAGAUUCGAAAUUAUCAAGUCCACCACAAACAGUAUUAUCCGAUGAUGACCAAAUGGAGAUUCAUGAUGAACUUAAUAAAAUCACAACUAUGCCUAAAAGAAUAGGUACUCUACCCAAGACAAGAGGCAGAAAACCUUCACCAAUCUUAGAUCCAUUGAAAUUAUUUGCAUGUGAACAUUGUGAUAGAAGAUUUAAAAGACAAGAACAUCUUAAAAGGCAUGUUAGAUCAUUGCAUAUGGGUGAAAAACCAUUUAGUUGUCACAUUUGUGAGAAAAAAUUCAGCAGAAGUGAUAAUUUGAACCAACACAUCAAGACACAUUCCAAUUUCCAUAAAUAA